GUAUUGGUAAACAAGAUUUAUUGGGUCAUUAAAUACAAAACUUGACAAAUAUAAGUAUUUGUCAUGUAUAUUAUAUAUAUAUAUAUAUAUAUAUAUAUAUAUAUAUGUACGUAUGUAUAUAUAUGUGUAUAUUUGUCGUUUCAUAUUUGACUGUGACUCAAUAAAACUGCACGAGAACCGCAAGAUUUCGCGUUCCGACAUCCACCGUCCAUAAUAAUCUGCAACGUGAAAUUUGAUCGGGGCUUCAGAAUCGAAAGAGAAUCUUUUUUCGGUUUUUAUUAUGUGUUUAUAAUUGCGUAUAAAAAAGUUUUUUGAAGUCGUAGUUCAAUUUUUGAAAAUAAAUGUGUUCUAUACCGAAUAGAACUUUUAACUCAUUUCUAAUUUUGGUUUUUACAUGUAAAAAAUAUUAUACAAUUUUUUGCCAGCGCAAACUCAGGAUCAUUUUUGGCCCUCAAAUUAGACAUAUUAAUCCUUUCGGGACAUUCGUCUGUUUUUUCUUCCUGAGGAAGAGGAAAAAUGGUCAACAAUAACUCUGAAUUUGUUGUGUCCGAGAGUAAAAAAAUAAUUGAUUUUAGAAGGGUAUAAAAAGAUUGUAAGUAGAAAAAUUGCAAUCAAAUUGAAAAUUAAUAUGUGAAUAGUAAAUUAAUUUUGAAAAAAAAAGAUUUAUUUUAUUGAUAUAUGUUUUAUGUAACAUUUGAGUGGAAAGUAUUUCAUUAAAUUGUCUUUUCUCUCUCUCUCUCUCUCUCUCUCUGAUUGAAAUUUUUAUUUAUAAUGUCCACAUUGAUGAAACAGGUUUUCCACAUACUCUAAUAGACGUAGCAUGACUCUGCGUGAUGCGUUGCAAAAUAGAGAGAAAACCUAAGAAGCCAGGGAGAUGAACCCAAAGAGUAUAAAAUCACGUACACCGUACACUUGUUUUCUCGAACAAAUAUUUAAUCGCAAACAUAUAUGGAACUCAUCAAUUUUUUAAAACAAGUUUACGGUAACGCGCAUCCUUGGGGCGUGAAUGAAGAUGUAAUCGUUUAUUAUUUCGACGAGACGAAGAGCGUUUUUUUACGCGGAUGUAAAAAGGCAAAACUUGGUGGAAACGACGGCGUUGAGAAUAAGAGUUACGUGGGGUCAUUUAAUGUUUGCAUUAAACUAGAUCGGAGGCCGACAGGGGCGCGAAAGCCUUUGUUUCGCGAAAUGGCACGCGAGCGGCUCCUUUUAUGCGGCUUAUAUUUUAAACCGUAAUUCGACCACCAUUGUGCGGAAUUACGUGAUCGUGUAUCUAAAGGCGCAAUUACGCGAAAUGGGUACGUACGUGAGAUCGUAUCGCGUGUAAAACACCGGCGUUAAAAUAUAUUCUAAUGUAACGACGAGUUUUUUGUGCGUCCGGAUAUUCAUCUCCACUUGAAGAUUUAAAUUUCACAUUCGUCAAGAGGGUUUUAAGUUUGCUUCUUUUUUGAAAGAGAAUUUUUUUUUGCCACAGUUACUUUUGGUUUGAUGAUUUUAUAAACAGGGGUCGGUAAAGUAUCUAAUAAUAUAUAUUAUAUAUAUAUAAUAUUUGUGCAAUGAAAUUUGUGGAAAUUCUAAAACUCGGAACGAAUUUGUAGCUCGAGAACUGCUGUUGCACACAUCGGUGCUCGAAUUCGAUCGUUGGAACAUGGAGGGGAUGCCGAGGUACCGCUUACGAGGAAUGGCGUGUGUGUACCGCUACUACGCAGUAAUAAGUGACGACUAGAGUACCUCAGACGUUUGCUGAUGGUUAUUCCGUGUUUGGUUUAGCUCUCUUUUCUUUUUUUUUUUUUUUUUUAUAAGUAAAAAACAGUUGGAAAGUCAAUAAACUUGAAAUUUACAAUGAGCGACCUCGCCGUAAAGAAGCGUACUGUUAAUUGCCUGACGUUGCACCAACGUCUCGAAAUAUUGAACACAAUUGAGAAAGGUUUCCCGAUAAGACAGAUCGCCAACAAUUACGGUUUGGCUAUUGAGAGCGUUUGGCGAAUUAGACGAAAUGCUUCAAAAAUACGCGAAUCGGUGAAACAAGGAGCUAAUCCUCUGAGGAGGAGGACACGUUUGUCGAAAUAUGACGACGUCGACGAACAAUUGUACAAUUGGUAUCGCGAGCAGAAAACAAAGGGGGCCAAAGUCACCAAUAAGUUACUUAUGAAAAAAGCAGUGGAAUUGUCGAGAGCUGCGGGCGGCCCGUCAACAUUCAAAGCGUCAGGUGGUUGGCUGCAGAGAUUUAAACAGCGUUGGAAACUACCGUGUCAAAUAAAGACUACAACUAAUAAUAAAGUGAUCGAUGAUAAAAUAAAAACAAAGGAGAAAGUUGAACGAUCAAACAAUGACAACUUUAUCAAACAAUUUAACCAACGUUUAAAAGACGAAAGUGUUUGUUUGCAUAAUGUUUACAGCAUGGAUUAUACGGUACUCUUGUGGAAAGCAUUUCCCAGAAGUGUGUUGUCACAUACGGGGGAAGAACAAAUUUACGGUAAUAUAAUGAAAAAGAAUUGCAUAACAUUUGGAUUGUGUGCAAACGUUACCGGUAGUCACAAAAUAUCGCCAAUUUUAAUUAACCAGUGCGAAAAUCCAAGAGCACUUAAACACAUAACCAAGUGUAAUUUGCCUGUCACUUACAAGACGCACAAAUUUGCCCGGAUGACGCAAAAUAUUUUCUUAGAUUGGUACAAUAAUUAUUUUAAGAAAUCUGUGCAAAAGUAUCAAUUGGAAAGUGGCAAAACUGGCAAGGUGUUUUUACUCAUUAACAACCGCAACACAUACUUCCCUCCGGAAUGGAUCAACAAGGAUGCGUAUUUCGAAUUGUUAUUACUUCCUUUAGGCCUAACUUCAAUUCUUAGUCCCAUGAGUCACAUUGUUGAGAAAAUUAAAUUGAACUUUCGUUAUUAUCUUUUGAAACAUAUGUCGGAAUAUCCUUGUGGAUUGAAAGAAUUUUACAUAGAUUAUGACAUCGGUGAUUGCAUUACCAUGCUUGUCAAGUCGUGGAGAACUAUUUCAACCGCCGACAUAAACAAUUCGUGGACAAAUUUGUUAAACAUAAAGCCAGACAAUUCUGAAACGCUAGAUGACACCUUCAAAGCGAUUUCGGUGGAUUUGCAAGAGUUAAUUAACAAUAUAAUAGGACGAGAAGUUCCUCCGGCAAAUAACGAGGUAACGGAAUGGAUCUCUUCCUGCAUAGAAGCUGAAAAAAAAUACGAAGAGGAAACUGUAAAAGAUACAAUUACCGAAACUGCAGAAAACACAGAAUGCCGUGAAGAAAAUAUUCAAUUAAAGACGUCAUCACAAAAUGAGGAAAUUGAGAGAUCUUUUAGAAUUAUAUCUGAAUGGGCGGAAACUCGAAAUGACUUUAUAAAAUUUCAAUUUCACGUUCUCAAAGACUGCUUUAAUAAAGAAAUAUAAGAAGAGAUGAUGAAGGGUGACAAAAAGUAUGACAAGAAAUGGAAGGACCCAAGCGGACGUUUGAAAUUAGUAAAACUUGCUCAACCAAAUACUAUUGAAAGCUACAUAUCGAAAGCUUGAUUGACUUCACACAGGACGUGUAAUAGAAAAAGCUACAAAAAGUGUGAUUUUAUCAUAUUGGACAAAAACAUUAUCAGUCAGAACAAACAAUAAAAGAGAAGUCGUCUCUGAAAAUGAAUGCUGAAUGAACAGAAUAUGUGAUAAAAUGGAUGGCAUGAUAGUUGAACGUUAUCUACAUCCUCGAAGAAACUUGAGGAGAAAAAUUUUCUCUCUAUUGAGAGGUUUUAAUUAGGUUUUGAUCUUUUUUACUCUUUUUGAGAUAUAAUAUUAAAAAAAAAAGAAAAUUAGAAUAACGAUUCGAUGAGAUUAUAUCAAAGAACGGCAAAAAAAGAAGAUUUAAAUAUUAAGUACCACAUUCUUAUUAAGUAAUUGAAAAUACACAGAUGCAAGAGUGUGUCUAAGUAAUUUACUUUUUUUAUUAAAACUUUUUUGGUUAAAAAGGAUACAACGCCAUGUUACAAAAAAGUUUAUAUAUGCAUGUUUUUUAAAUGUUUAUUGUAUAUAUAUAUGCAUAUCGUAUAUAUAUUGUAUAUAUGUAUAUGUACUUUAUACAAUCUAUCUUUAUAUACUCUUUAUAAGGUCAUUGCUCUUGUUGAUGUGUUAAUUUCUUUGUAGUAAAAUUGUAAAAACAGAGAAAUUUAAAAAAAAAUUUUUAAACUCGAGAAAAAACGUUAAAACAUAAAACAUUUAAAACAUUUAUCUAAAGUUUAUUUAUCUAAAGUUAAAGAAACAAGAUUACGACAAAAUUAUGUUUCACUUAUUUCUAUACGACAUGUAAUGUACAUUUAUAUAAUGCGUUUAUAUUCUUGCUAACUUGUUCAAGUUUUGGAUUGCUAUAUCUACAAUAGUAGAGAUAGAAACAUAUCGCGUUUUCUAUGAAAUAUCCGAGAUAUUUUUAAUUAUAACAAAAAUAUAUUGAACUUAAUUAACUUGAUAGAUUGUUGGUUUUGGCACAAAUUGUUCUUCAAAUUUUCUCUUUAAAGAAUUUGAACAAACAAUAUAAUUUUUCUUGUUAAAAAUUUAGUCAACAAUACUAUUAGUUAACUACUAGAAAUCAAUGAUGGAAGAUAAUUGCGUCUAAAAGAUCAUCGAACGUUUCGCAGACGUGUGUUCUCGGUAUUUAAUGUAAUGACUACGAUCUCGAUACAUAUAUAUUUUUAUACAAAUAUAAAUACGUUUAAUAUUUGUUGUAAAACUGUUUUAAAAGUUUAGAAUAUGUUUUCUCUUUAUUAUAAUUCAGAAAAAAACGUGCAAUUAUUAUCACUACAUUACACAAAUGUAUAUAAUUUUGUGAUAAUAGAAAAUAUGUUUAUUACAUAUACAUGUACAUAAAUGAUGUAUGAGUUCUCGAUAAUGGCUAUGCGAAUGAAUGAAUUAUAUAGAAUUGUUUUUCCACGAAAAUUGAUUUUUAUU